AUGGCUUCCGUAUACAAGACCCUGUCCGGCGCGGAGAAAGAGGAGAAGGAAACGGGCGUGCAGAGAAACAAGCAGCGUGUCCUUAUUCUGAGUUCAAGAGGUGUUACUUUCCGUCACCGACAUUUGCUACAGGACUUGUACUCGUUGAUGCCCCAUAGCCGGAAAGAAGCCAAACUUGACACCAAGACGAAGCUUUACCAACUCAACGAACUAGCAGAACUCUACAACUGCAACAAUGUCCUCUUCUUCGAAGCUCGUAAGGGCAAGGAUCUUUACUGCUGGAUGUCCAAGCCACCAAACGGUCCUACUGUAAAGAUGCACCUGCAAAACUUGCACACCAUGGAAGAGCUCAACUUCAUUGGCAACUGCCUGAAAGGAUCACGACCGGUACUCUCUUUCGACGCCGCCUUCGACAAGCAGGCUCAUCUUCGCGUGAUCAAGGAGCUCUUCACCCAGAUUUUCGGCGUCCCCAAGACGAGCCGAAAAGUCAAGCCUUUCGUAGACCACGUGAUGGGUUUCACAGUCGCAGACGGCAAGAUCUGGAUCCGCGUGUUCCAAAUCAACGAGAGCGAGACCAGCAAGAAGAAGCCUGCCGAUGGCGAGGAGAUGGACGUUGACGAGGCACCCAAGAAGAAGAAGGGAAGCGAAUUCGAUGUCAACCUAGUCGAGAUCGGUCCCCGUUUCGUCCUCACUCCCAUCGUUAUCCAGGAGUCUAGCUUUGGAGGUCCAAUCAUCUACGAAAACAAGGAGUUCGUCUCGCCCAACCAGAUCCGUUCCGACUUGAGGAAAUCAAAGGCCGGCAGGUUCAACAAGAGGACCGAUGCGCAGAGGGAUACACUGCUCAAGCACCAAGAUCUGGGUUUGACAUCGCAUGGUGGAGUCAGGAAAGAGAAGGACCCGCUCAGCGACAAUGUGCUGUUCGCGUAA